AUGGUUGAAGGCCACAGCGGAGGUUUAACAGCCUUAUCUAAAAUGCCUGCCUGCAAUAUUCAGGUUCUUGGUUCCCAGAAGCGCACUAUGGCAGGAUUCAGCAAUGCAUCUACUUUACCGCACACCGGCUAUAUAUUCAACUCGCCUUCAGUCCAAAAAUUGCCACCCGACCUCCGUAUUAAGGCCUCAAGGUUGAUCUCCUACAAAGUAACAUUGGCAGCUCGAGUUGACUCCUUUCACGAAUCUCAGGAUGGACAAAUUGGAGAGCGCCUACUUUUAGAAGUCGAGAAGAAAAUCGACAAAUGGCUUGAACCGCCUCCAAUAAAGCAGAUUAAGGCUUUGCCUGCACCGAUUGACCCACCCGCUAAAAAGCGUGGCGGUCGUCGCUAUAGAAAGAUGAAAGAACGCCUCGGCAUGACUGAGUUGCGUAGGUCAGCCAACCGAAUUCAAUUUGGUGAAGCCUCAGAGGACACCUACCAGACAAGCAUUGGCUUCACUCUUGGUUCACUUGGCCAGAAAGGUGUGGCUGGUAGGCUUCGUGUGCCCCAAGCUGAUUCGAAAACCCGGGCGCGAGUCAGCAAGGCUGUUCAACAGAAACUUCAAAAAUAUGGUGGCCUUUCGACCAUGCCAACAACUGCAUUAGCGGCCUCCUCUUGGGGUGGUGGCAAUUCGACUGUGCGUCGGUCUACUUCCUCUAGUACUUCUGGAACUUCUUCAUCUAUUGCCUUCACACCGUUACAGGGUCUCGAAAUUGUCAAUCCUCAAGCGGCCGAGCGCAUCAUUGACACUGGAAAUAAAUAUUUUAGCGCAACAUCCGGCUUUGUUCGCGUCAAACCUAAAAAUGCAACGCCAACUCCACUGCCCUCUAAAACAGAGCCUGCUAACUCCCUUCAACCGGACCCAUGA